GGUUUUAAAUAUGUUCAUCUUGAUUUAGGCCUACAUCACAAUAGCUCUCUUCAUCAGCAUGUAUGGCGUUACUUAUAUAGAUUUUUAAAGAAUGGAUUUAGAUGGAGAUAGCUGGGACAAAAUCCAAGUAAACGUAGCUGGUUCCCACACCGACACUUAGUACGAAUGAAACCAGUGAAAACUUCAAACAUCACUCUGUCCUCAGCACUGGGAGGAAAAUCGAGAAAAAAGUUUAUCCCAACAUUUUCCGCUUGUUCAUAACGUGAUCAAAAGGAAUAGUGCUUUUAACAUACCACCAGUCGUGUUCCAUGGAAGAAAGCUGGUUUUCUCAUCAAAGAGGGCAACCCGGCAUCCUGGUUAAAGCAUGGUCUCCGGGAAGAUCUAGCCCUUUGAAGAGACGACGCGCAGUAACACUACAGAUGCAGUGAUCGUUCUCAUGAUUUCUAGCUCCUCUCAAACCACCACAGUGCCUGGUUCAACAGUUGUGCCAUCGACUACUCCACAGUACACCAUCCAGUCCACCACAAUCAUUCCUCCACAAACUUUCUCACAGUAUACCACCCAGCCCUCCGCGGUCAUCACAACACUGUCUGCAUCACAGCCCACAAAGCCCACCGCCUUCACCACAACACAGAAUGUCCCACAUUCAACUACCCAGCCCGCCGCCGUCACCACAACACAGACUCUCUCAAAGUCCAUCACCCAGCCCACCACCGCCACCAGAACACAGACUGUCGCACAAAACACCACCCAGCCCGCCGCCGUCACCACAACAAAGACUGUCCCAUAUUCCACCAAAGAGCUCACAACAGUCCCAACAACACAAAUUGUCCCACUUUCCACCACCAAGCCCGCAGCUGUAACCACAACACAGACUGUCCCACAAUCCACCACGAAGGUCCCAACGACCACCACAACACAGACUGUCCCAUAUUCCUCCAACGAGCCCACAACCGUCACCACAACACAGACUGUCCCACAAUCCACAACCCAUCCCGCCACCGCCUCUACAACAAAGUCUGUCCCACAAUCCACCAAUAAGCUCACCACCGUCACCACAACAGAGAUUAUCCCACAUUCAACAACCCAGCCCACAGCCGUCACCACAGAACAGACUGUCCUUCAUUCCACCACCAAGCCCGCCACCGCCGCUACAACACAGGCUGUCCCACAAUCCACCAACCAGCCCGCCACCAUCACUACAACAAAGUUUGUCCCACAAUAUCCCAACGAGCCCACCACCGUCACCACAACACAGACUGUCUCACAAUCCACCACACAGCCCACCACUGUCACCACACCAGAGAUCGUCCCACAUUCCACAACCCAGCCCGCAGGCGCCACCACAACACAGACUGUCCAACAUUCCACCAUCCAGCCCGCCACCGCCUCUACAAGACAGACUGUCUCACAAUCCACCACCCUGCCCGCCACGAUAACUACAACACAGGCCGUCCCAGAUUACACCAACGAGCCCAUCGCAGUCACCGCAACAGAGAUUUUCCCACAUUCCACCACCCACCCUGCCGUCGUCACCACAACACAGAUUGUCUCCCAAUGCACAACUCAGUCCGUAGGCCUUAGCACAACACAGACUGUCCCACAAUCCACCAACCAGCCUGGCACCACCACUACAACAAAGUCUGUCCCACAAUCCACCACCCAGCCCGCCAACUUCACCACAACACACACUGCCUCACAGUUCACACACCCCGUCGCCGUCACCACAAUACAGACUGUCCCAUAUUCGAACACUCAGCCUGCCACCGUCACCACAACACAGACUGUACCACAUUCCACCAUCCAGCCUGCCACCGUCACCACAACACAGACUGUUCCACAUUCCAGCACUCAGCCUGCCACCGUCACCACAACACAGACUGUCACAAAGUUAACCACUCAGCUCACCGCCGUCCCAAAGCAAACUGACUCAAAAUCCAGCGACAUCACCGCAACAAGUACUACUGCACUAACCUCGACAACAUCAGUGAACGAAAUAACAUCAUCAUUGUGGGGAAGAAGAAUCUCAACACAAAUAACACCAGCAACUGCAGUAGCAACAGAUCCACCGUCACAGACAGCCUCUCCUAUAAAAACAGCUUCGUCUGCACUUCGAAUUACAUCUACCUCUGGAACGAUGUCGAAAACACAGGAUAAAACCCUUCCCAGCAAAGUGGCGACUUCUGCCAUUCCCUUGACAAACACUUGGACAGUAACAGCUCAAGGAAGCUGUUCUCUACUUCAGGACUGGCUUAAGAUGAGUUCUGUGUACAGCGUGCCUGAAGAUGUGCCUAUAGGAUCAACUAUUGCCCGACUUCCGUCGGAAGUUUGUAUCGUUAAUGGAUCACAAGGUGCAAUCGAAAUAGAUCCUCAGAGUGGGCGAAUUUAUGUUCAGACUGAUGUCCACCAAGACCAGACGACACAGUAUGACUACAAUGUAUCUUUUUGCGGUUGUCCUGGUGAAUGGCACAGUGUCACGGUUUCCGUUGACGCUAAUCUGCCCCCAAAAUUCCCACAGCGGAAGUACUCCCUUGAUAUCAUUGAAGGCAGUGGGCAAGACACUGUCGUGGGAAGCUUCCCGGCGGACGACCGGGAUACAUGCGCAGAAGAGUUGACUUAUGAAUUACAUCCUUCAUCUGUGCGCAAUCACCUUAUAAUUGGCCCACUGGCCGUGGUAAGCAUUCGGAGGAAAAUGUACCACGACCAACUCGUGGAUGCUGGGAUCAUUGCUCACCAAUCAGAUCGCAGCUUUACAUUUCAAAUAUCCGCCAGCGAUGGGACCCAGAAUACAUCAACCACUGUGCUAGCAACUGUCUUGAGUGCUUUGAAAACCUUGGUGAACUACACGGAGAUAACGGUUUACAUAGCCGAAAGUUUGCCACCAGACACUUUCGUCGCUAAUGUCCAUGAAGUCCUGGGUAAAACACCUGACACCCAGAUGUGCAUCACACAACAUUCCAGACAAGACGUUUUCAAAGUCGACCAAUUCUCGGGCAAUAUAACCACAAAGGUUACAUUCGACAGAGAGAGUAGAUCUAGCUACGCUCUGAUCCUGGAGGUGGACCCGAUAGGAUGUGUUGAGGCCAAGGUAUCGUCAGCUUCUGUAAAGAGAAUGGGUUUAGAAGUCGUUGUUAUUAUUGAGGAUGUAAAUGACAAUAGACCAGAGUUCUCUCCCGUUGCCUACUCGUGCCACGUGCCGGAAGCCUCUGACACUCUUCAUGGUCUGAUCGUGGCUGUGUCAGACGAAGAUAGUGAGGAGAACGCAUUGGUAGAAUUGAGCAUCGACGACGCUCUUCAAAACGUCCUUCUUCCGCGUAAGGUAGACGGAAGUACCAGCUUUAACGCCUUUACAGUCGAUGUGCUGCAGCCCAUUGAAUUGGACUACGAGAUGACGUCAACGUUGCACGUGAACCUGACUGCCAGAGAUCUCGGCAUCCCUCCAAUGUCUACCACAGCAGAGCUCACUAUCCAUCUAUUAGAUGUUAACGACAAUCCGCCGGUUUUCAGCAAUUCCUCUUACUUCAUUAUAACCAGCCUGUCUUCCCCCAGAACGUUACCCGUGCUGACCGUGUCAGCUAGUGAUAAAGAUACUUUUGCCAAUGCUGAGAUUUCUUACUACAUUCUGUCUGGGUCUUAUGGGAAGGUGUCUUUGACGAAAAACACCGGUGAGGUAAGGCUGACGUUUGACGUACAGUUUCCGGAGAACAUCACUUUCCAGGUGAUGGCCAAAGACAACGGCUUGCCCUCCAGAUCAGCUGUGGCGGAUGUCACGGUAGUGGUGAUGGAUGGCAUGACGCAGAACGCUACAAAGCUCAGUUUCACCCAUGCGUUCUACAACGCCACAGUUAGCGAGCUUAGUCUCCAAGCGUUGACGGUGGCUGCCAAUGACCCGAUCAAUCUGGGGAUAGGGGAAAUAGAAUACAUUAUGGGCCAACAACUGUACGGAAGUUUUUCUAAACUUGUGCUAAAUUCCACGACAGGAGAGAUCAGAUUUUCUUCUCCAGUGGACUACGAGAUCGUUGAGCAGAGGUUUUUCCUCUUCGACGUCCUAGCUCAGACGCCUGAUCACUCCGCGUUUGCCAGUGCAACAGUAUUAAUCGAGAUCGAGGACAACAACGACGUAUUGCCCUUGUUCACGGAGGAUACUUACCAGGUGACUCUCGGAUUAUUGGACCCACGGGGCACACCCGUGCUGUACGUGCUGGCCACUGAUCCAGAUGGAACCCCUAUUCAGUAUUCCUUGGGACAAGAGCUCGACGCCAGACUUUUCAACAUUGACUCGGACACUGGAUUGAUCACAUUGAUCGAUAAGACUUCGGUUUCCCAGUUUAAUGAUUCGCUUAAGGAUUCGCUUAGUUUCAGCGUGUUGGCUACUGACGGGGUUAACACAGCGACCAGCAGUGUCACGGUUAAUUUUUCAAACAUUCCUGCACCAAUUGUGUUCCAACGGAAUAUCUCGAUAUCUGAACGCACUGCCGCAGGCGCAGUUAUUGACAUGACAGAGACAGAAGUCGUGGUGCAGCAAAUAUAUGGACCCACUCAUGUGUUUCAAGUAGAUCAGGGUCUGUUAGUACUGCGGAGGGCUCUGGAUAGAGAAAAUGAAUCGACGUAUGCUGCUCUGGUGACUUCCCACUACUCUGGGUCCCGUAAUAUAAGUUUGGUGACAAUUAACAUAUUAGACGAGAAUGACAACCCUCCUCGAUGUGACAGACCUUACUACCAAUUGAUCAUCCCUGGAGGCAAGACUGGAGGAGAGCGCAGUCCUCUCAUCGGUGUAUCUGACGCAGACCUGCCUCCAUACAACACCUGGUCAGCGAGCUUGUCUGACUACAGAUCAAUUUUCCGAUUUACGCGGGAAAGUAUUCAACUUAUAGCAGACAGAGGGACGUUAAAUUUAUCAACGUAUGAAUUUCACAUUGAUUUAGUGGAUGACAACGACUCUCAACUCUCCAGCACAUGCUGGCUGCACGUGGAGGUAAUGGGCGUGAAUUCGAUCAUCUUCUCCAAUCUGCCCCAGAGGCUAUCUUUGUCAGAAGAUCUACCAGUUGGAGCCGUGGUACUGACAGUAAAGGCUGAGUUGCGAGACGGCAAGACUAGCGGACAAUUUUCGUACAGGCUCUCCAGCAGAACAGCGGACGCGUACCUUUCUGUAGAUGAAAUUUCAGGAGAAGUGAUGGUAAACAAGACUUUGGAUUACGAGAUGGACAGAGACUUUGUCAUCAUAGUGCAGGCGUUUCAGUUCGAGUUGGCGUUAACCGCAUCUGCCACCAUAAGUGUUCUGGUGGAGGACUAUAACGACAACAUGCCGGUUUUUGACCAGACCGAAUACUACAAGGAGAUUACUAAUAACCCCAAAUUGGGUGACGUCAUGAUUACUGUCACAGCCACUGAUGAUGACGAAGGACCAGCAGGUGACGUCACUUACGCCAUAGAAGGAUGUGGCGAGGCGUUUUUCGCAAUCAAUAACCGUACAGGGGACAUAACUCUGGCCAAGCCUUUUGAGCUGGUGUACUACCCCAACAUAAGCCUUGUUGUCACGGCUACGGAUGGUGGCAAGUACCGCAGGGUCUCGCGAGCUCUGGUGCUGUUCACUGUUCCCAGCUUUAACCCAACUGCGCCGAAGUUUAUCGACUUCUACCCAAAUAUCUCAGUGAGAGAAGAGGUCCAGACCGGGGUAAUAUUUACCGUUAGAGCCUUCGAUGCUGAAGACAACAAUCUCCUGUUCGACCUGCCUGAGUCUCCGUAUAGUGAAUAUUUUGACAUCGGUGAGUUGAAUGGCGAGAUCAGAGUAAAGAAGCCACUGGACCGUGAACAGAUCGCGAGAGACUUUUAUCAAAGCCGAUCGCCAGCUUCACGUGGGCGCAGACAGACGGAAGUCAUUAGGUUUUGCCGCCAGGAGGAGGCGGAGGUGAUACCUCUGAUUGUUAAGGUCUUUGACCACGGUAUCCCGCAGAGGAGUGCGAGAAUCUGUCUCCGCAUUAUUAUCCUCGAUUCAAACGAUCACAAACCUGUGUUCAACAAGACAGAGGUCACCAUAGUCUUCAAGGAGACAUUUGAGAAGGACGUAGGGAGGACGCUUCCACUGACAGCCGUUGAUGAGGACAAGGGUGAUUUUGGGGAGGUUUUCUACGCCAUUACUUCUAGGACAAGCUAUUUUAAAAUUGAAAAGCGAGAAGAUGGCCCAACCAUCGUGGCUCUACGCGAUUGUGAGGAUUGCAAGCAAACUAGGGACUACCAAUUUCAGCAGGUUACCGUUUAUGCCUAUAACAAAGGCGACGUGAUCGAGGAGUCGGGAUUUGAGGACCAGUUACUAACAGUCAACAUACGCCUCAGCUGCGGCGACCGUUGCGGACUCAGUACCGUAGAAAUAAUUCUUAUACCAUUGUGUUCCCUGCUGGCCUUAGCGGUGAUACUUCUCAUCGUUCUGUUUGUGCGUCAGUACAAGCGGCAUAAACUGUACACGGAAGGUACCGAUCGGAGAAACUUGGAGAAGUUACGUGAUGCACAACGGACCCAUUUCCAACCCCGUGAUGAAACUUAUAAUCAGCCUGAUGUAGAAGAGAGCGGGUUUCCGAUUACCCGGGUUUCACGUGACGGCUACUUGACUCCAAGAAUAGGGGACUCGGGCCAAACCAACAGGUUGUACGUGGACGGUUUGCGCUCUGACGAAGGAUACCGAUCCCAGGAGAGUGAUAGGGACUAUUUCUUCCAACCAGAGGCAAGCCAUGGAGUUCCCCGGAUGGAGAACUUCAAUUCAAUCAGUGGAGACAUGCGUGAAUACUUUUCACCUCUGUCGUCGUCAGGGUACAGUAACAGGGUGGCGUUGAAGAAUGGCGACUAGUGUUGCUGUGAUACAGCAGUUAAACUAUGUGGGUAGAGAGAAGGGUCUGCUAAAAGAUGGCACCGUCCAUAGCAAGAACGAAAGAGGCGUGAAAUCGACUUGAAAAAAAAUGUACUUAGGAAACAUUUUAGCAAAUAUAAAGUUAACUCAUUAAUCGUAUCCCCAAUUUCACAUCAACUGUAAUACAAUCUAUCAAAAGAUCAUGAGAACCUCAGAACUCGGAAAACAGGGCAUGUUUAAAAUCGCUCUGCAUAACUCUUUUUUAAGUGGAAAGUACUGUUAAAGCAGUUUCAGUGAACUGUCAGGGUUUGGCGGACACAGUGAAAAGGCGAGACGUAUUACAUUACUUUCGGAAAAAAGAAAUUUUCCAUUAUAUGCUUGCAGGACACUCAUAUUGAUAAAAAUAUUAGUAUCGUAAAAAUUUAUUGCGGGUUAGAUGCCUAUAUGAGCACUUAUAAAUCAAAUGCACGUGAAGUAUAAAUGAUUUUGUUUUAAUACUAUUUUGGAUUACAAAAUAAAACAUGUUUAAUUCUGUUACAUGUUCAUUAGUUAAUUAAGUAGUAUUCCAGAAAUCAAAAAUUAAACCCAAAUAUGCAAUUGAAAUAUACAUGUAUAAUGAAUCUCUGUGGUAUAAUCCGUUUUUAACAAAGUGUUAACCUUUUACAAAACACUGGUAUGAUCACCAAAUUAGAUAUAUAAGGGAUAUAACAGAUACAAAUGGGGAUUGUCUCCCAUUGUCAUACAUAGAGCAAAAAUAUAAAGUAUACGGAACGGUUUUAGACUACAAACGAUUACGUUGCUGGAAAAUCAGACUUGCCCAACAGCAGGAGUUAUUGCCAGAUCAACCGAAGCUUUCUCGGUACAUUAAACUUCUGCUGCACCAAAGAAAAGCUUGCCGUGGUUUCUAAGCCUUCCUAAAUAAUGGAAUAUACAUGUAGAAAAGUCAUGCGCCAAAUGGGACAAUUACAUAGGAAGGUCAAACAUUAAUCAUAACAGAAUGGGGAGGGGAGGGGGGGCGAGGGAAGCAAAUGUAUAGAAACAGUAAUGCCAGUAUCAUAACAGGAUGAGGAAGGGGAGGGAAGCAAAUGUAUAGAAACAGUAAUGUCAAUAUCAUAACAGAAUGGGGGGGGGGGGGAGGAGAGGGAGCAGAUAUAGAGAAACAGUAAUGCUGCUUGCAAAACAAUAUAUAUAGUCGUUUAACUGUUUAAAAGUCUUUAACAGAGUAACAUAUUUUGAAGACAAAUGGAAUGAAAUGAAGACUUUGUCGAAGGUGUCUAAUAAAUAAAAGUAGGAUAAGCCUCAAUUUAUGCUAUGUUCUGUCCCCUUGUUGAACGUUUGUAUGGGUGCAUUCCUGUCUGAUAAAUAAAAGUACGAUAAGCCUGAAUUUAUGCUAUGUUCUGUCUCCUUGUUGAACGUUUGUAUGGAUGCAUUCCUGUUUGUUGUCAUUCCUUUAUGUCUUUUGCUUUAUGUUAUUUGUUUGUUUGUAAAUAUGGGUGUCU